GUUAUACCAUGUUAAUCAGAAAAUAACUUGGCUGUCUUGCUGCGUGACAUUCUUCUCUCUCUGCUGUCGAAAAUUGAAUUUUUGUGUUUGCCCUUGGUCUGAGACGAAGUGCCAUACAAAACUGCGGGCGCAUUGUUGUUUGCUAAGGGAUCCCGCAGUAUAAACAUCAACUUACCGCACUUAAUUUGAGCAGCCCGUAUUGCAGCGGCUCUGCCACCUAACGACAUGGCCUCCGUUGCCGUUGGCGUUGCCAACGCCACUGCCGCGUUCGCCUCACCUCUCGCCAGCUUGGUGCCUAGCAAUGUAGCUCUGCCAACCCAGUUGGAAUACGUGCUUGACAAUGUCAUCGAGACUGUUUCCAACGCAGGAAUCUGGACAAUCUUGGGCACUGUUGUGCUCAUGUUGGCCGUUUAUGACCAAUUCAGCUAUCAGCGGAGUAAGGGCAGCAUUGUUGGUCCAAGGUUCAAAGAGCCAUUCAUUGGCCCGUUCCUGCAGUCUAUGAACCCGAAGUGGGAGGAGUACUACGGAAAGUGGACAAGCGGUCCUCUGAGCUGUGUCUCUGUCUUCCACAAGUUCGUAGUCAUUGCUUCGACCCGUGAUCUCGCGCGCAAGAUUUUUAACUCCCCCGGCUAUGUCAAGCCAUGCGUCGUCGAUGUGGCCCCGAAAUUGCUGGGGCAUGACAACUGGGUGUUUCUCGACGGCAAGGCCCAUGUCGACUUCCGCAAGGGCCUGAACGGUCUUUUCACCCGCAAGGCGCUCGAGUGCUACCUGCCCGGACAGGAGGAUGUUUAUAACCGCUACUUCAAGAAGAUGGUCCAGAUUACCAAGGACGCUGGGGGCAAGCCUGUUCCCUUCAUGGUCGAGUUCCGCGAGAUCAUCACAGCUGUUUCCUGCCGCACCUUCGUCGGCCACUACAUGUCAGACGAGACGGUUCGCAGGAUUGCCGUCGACUACUUUUACAUUACUGAGGCUCUUGAGCUUGUCAACUUCCCCAUCAUUCUUCCUUUUACGAAGACAUGGUACGGAAAGAAGGCGGCCGACAUGGUCCUGGCCGAGUUCUCCAAGUGCGCCGCUAAAAGCAAGGCCCGCAUGAACGCCGAUGGAGAGGUGACCUGUAUUAUGGAUGCCUGGAUUCAGCAGAUGGUUUUGUCCCAGCGCUGGCGCGAUGCUGAGGCUGCUGGAACCAUCACCGAGGACAUGGAGAAGCCGAACCCCCUUCUUCGCGACUUUACCGACUACGAGAUCGCUCAGACCUUGUUCACCUUCCUCUUCGCUUCCCAGGACGCUACCAGCAGCGCUGCUACAUACAUGUUCCAGAUCAUGGCACAGCAUCCUGAGGUUCUUGACCGCGUUCGCGAGGAGAACUACAAUGUCCGCAACGGUGAUAUCAAGGCUCGUGUGAGCCUGGAACAGCUCGAGUCGAUGAAGUACACACGUGCCGUGGUGAAGGAGCUCCUGCGCUACCGGCCUCCGGUCAUCAUGGUGCCUUAUGUCACCAAGAAGGCUUUCCCCAUAACUCCGGAAUACACUGCUCCCAAGGGUUCUAUGCUUAUCCCUACCACUUACAUGGCUUUGCGUGACCCCGAGGUGUACGACAGGCCAGACGAGUUUGACCCCGAGCGGUACUACACUGGUAACGCCGAAGAAAAGGGUCAGAAGAACUUUCUUGUAUUCGGUACCGGACCCCACUACUGUCUCGGCCAGCACUACGCCCAGCUGAACUUGGCUUUGUUCAUCGGCAUGGCCUCACUUCAGCUGGACUGGAAGCACCACGCGACGCCCUUGUCAGAAGAGAUUCAAGUCUUCGCUACCAUUUUCCCCAAGGUGGAAAGAUACGUACAAGAUAUAAACGAGGGCGCUGAUACCAACACCGUCAUAAUUGACGUUAGGGAACCGCAGGAACUUAAGGCUACGGGGCGCAUACCAUCUGCUGUCAACAUACCAAUCACGUCACACCCGGACAGCUUCCACAUACCUGCAGACGAGUUUCGGCUCAGGUUCGGCUUCGACCGUCCCGCUUUUGACAAGAAGCUGAUUGUGUACUGCAAGGCCGGUGUCAGGAGUAAGGCUGCAACGGCUAUUGCCCUGGACGCCGGGUUCGAGGAUGUCCAUGACUAUCCUGGAAGCUGGGUGGACUGGGCCAAGAGGACAGAUGAUAUUGAGAAGUGAUAACAGUGGAGAGAUGACAAAGCCAUCUCUUUGUACCGGGCAUCACAUAUAAAAUUCUAGACAGGUCCAUGGAUUGUAUGAUUAAUAAGUUACUGAUGUUGAACAAGACCCAGCCGACCUUGAGUGUAUGGUGCAUAUUUAAAGGGAAACUACGCUAGCAU